GUACACACUGGAAAAGAACCUCAACCAAUCCCAAAUCGUUUUGUACAAUACAUUUGGUUAUGUAAUCAAAAUCGUCUGCAGUCUCGGCCGCCUUCGCGGCAGAGUACGGAGCGGAAGUGUUCUUAUUCGUGGUGGGCAAAUGCAUGUACGUUGUGCCUAGGUUUUAUCUAGCUAGAUAUCAUUAUUAUUGCUACUAUCGGCCAACUAUCUGGAAACCAGUCUGGUUUGUUUCUGGUUCUGGCAGGGACCACCCCAGCUGACAUUUGCAACGCAUCGCAUUUGCAAAAGAACAUCCGAUCGCGAGCUCUGCAAAGAUAACAUAUUAAGCACAACAUCUACCAUCUGCUCUUUAUAUCAAGAAGUGCUUAAUUGUUCUUCGCCGUCCCUUUACAAUUCCACCUUAUCGGGCUUAAUGCGCUUGCCAUUAUCGAUAUCUAUCCCAGAAGAUUAUUCCCGGAGCUCGGCAUCCAUGACCAAUGUCGCUGUUGUUGCAAAUGUAAUUAUUCAGAGCUGUUACUAUAUAUUUUACAAUACUUCCUGUUUGUAUUUGUGGACUCUUUAUUAUUGAAACCGGCCAGCAUAAAUACGGUGCAUCGUAUCAGUCAUAUGCAUGUACAGUAUCUGCACUUACCUGUGUUUGUGGUGCAGCGGUUCGCAGUGAGCAUCGACGCUACCGGUGAAAUUCACCGGAAUGAUCAGCAUAACCGGAAUUUUUCCGUAAAGCAUAUCCGUCGAGUGUAUAAUUACACCAAACGUCUGACGGAUUCUUAUCACUCGAAUCAGCAGACGCUCAGGCCUUCCAGAUGCUUCUUUAGCGAUUAACACGGACACGGACGGCUUAUAUUUUUCUGUAUUAACUUCCGUGUGUAUGGAAUAACUGCCACUCCUUUGCACAGCUGCCCUUCCUGUCUCCAUACCUGCUCACCUGGCCUCGCGAUUAAUAACUACCAAAGGGGAUUUUACGUGCAUCUUGGCAAAAUUGAUUUCUGGUAUUUUCCACAUGCUAAUUAUGGACUGGCUGUAUUAAAGCCGACAUCCGCCAGUAUGUACAAGCCACGCCACUCCCACAGUCCACCGCGACCAUCCACCAUCCGCGUCAGUGGUCAUCCCACGACAGUCCGCCAUUCUCCAUCGCCCGCGGAAGUGGUCCACAGCACAUCGGGUAAUCUGCACGAUCACGGUCUGGACAUUGUGGAUUCGGCGUCCUCCGUCAGCGUGCACGGCCAAUCGGAGGAGUCCCAUUCGGAUCCGUAUGGACUGUCGGGCAGCGGGAGUUUGUUCCAUGAACUGCGCUCUCGGUGGGAGAAACCGACAGCCAGUGCGACUGUGGUGCGCUAUGGCGGCGGGGAGCAUUUGGAAUCGGCCAGUGGGCAUGCGGUGGAUGAAGUGUUCGCGUCGCCCGCGGCUGGCGGCUCCAACGGGAUGCAGCGGAUGACGUCGACGGGAUCCACUUCCAGUGCGCGGGAUGACGGGAAUGGAGUAGCCAGUCGCACGCGGGCCGGCACGCACAACAAACAUCCAGCAGCGGCGUCCUGGUCGCGAUCCGGAGUGCAGCCGAAGCUGAUGCGCGGAGUGAGUGAUGAGGAUAUGGAGGGACCAGGGAGUAGUGUGCAGGGCGAGGAUGAAGGCAGUAACUCCAGUCUACAGGGAAGUUUUCAUGGAGAGGAAGCUGGCUUUUCAGAAGAGGUCUCACGGAAGCGGAAGUGUCUUGUCUGCGACGAUUCGGCUAGUGGCUACCAUUACGGUGUCAGUUCUUGCGAAGCAUGUAAAGCAUUCUUCAAAAGGACUAUCCAGGGGAACAUUGAAUAUGCCUGUCCUGCCAAUAAUGCCUGUGUUAUUGACAAACGUCGUCGGAAAGCUUGUCAAGCCUGCCGGUAUAAAAAAUGUCUGGACGUGGGCAUGCUAAAGGAGGGCGUCCGUUUGGACAGAGUUCGCGGUGGCCGGCAGAAGUACCGGCGCGCCGCAACUGGUGACCCCAUCAUUGUUCAGAUCCCGCACGCCUCGGCUGUACGCAAGUCAACCACAUCUCACGAAGUGAACCAGUUGAUCGCAGCAUUGGUCUCCUGUGAACCAGAAAAUAUUCCUGCCAAUAUUACGGACCGUUUGGAUACUCCGCUGAAAAUACAGUCCGUAUUGUGCGAUUUAGCCGACCGCGAUUUGGUUGGAAUUAUUGGGUGGGCCAAACAGAUACCCGGCUUCCCGGACCUGCCGUUGAACGACCAAAUGCACUUGCUACAGACAACAUGGUGCGAGAUUCUAAUGUUCAGUUUGUGCUUCAAAUCCAUUGAUGCUCAUCCACGGAUUCUCAUGUUUGCCGAAGAUUUCCCGGUGGUUGACCAAAUGUCCCGGGAGGCUGGAUUUGAAGAAGUGCAUACGCGGGCUUCGCGCCUUGUGGAUGGACUGUCCGAAUACCAUGUGAAACGCGAAGAGUAUGUAUUAAUUAAAUGCAUUAUUCUGUUGAACGGCGGAUGUACACUGGAAUGCGUGCAGGCUCGGAAUGCGCUACGCGACACCAUUGUCCAGUCACUCCACCAGUUCGUAAACGGCACAGCUCGUGCUAGUAGCCUACUACUUUUGCUGCCUCAGUUGCGUGUACUUGAUGGGUUAGCCAAACAGUUUUGGUUUAUGAUUAAAAAUGAGGGAAAGAUCACGAUGCACAAGUUAUUUCUGGAGAUGUUAGAGUCCGCACAUCAGCUCGUGUGAUGCCGUCGACCAAUUGCGAAGCUCUGGAUUGUUCUGACAGCCCACGACCAAGUUGCCUAUACGAAAAAAGCACAAUCGAACCAGUACAGUUUCGACAUUUUUUAUGCGUUCUUUUGUUUUUUCGGUAGCGUCCAGAGGAGAAUCCGAAUUAGUUUAUCCCGUUGGCCCGAAUUUGAAACCUUUCCCUUGCUCUCCGUUAUGUGGUAUUUUGGCACUGCCGCGCUGUCGUUUUCAGUUACAAUUGCCGUGGUCAUAAGUUUCUUGUUGGUAUUUUUAUGCCAGAUUGGUUUUUUUAAUCUGGAUAGCGAUCUCAUGGUUUUGUCGCUUAACACUUUCAUUCAUAGUUUUAUUUUGUUACCGCAGAUGUUGCUUUUUUAUUGUUCUAAAAUCGAUAUUCAACCCGAAUGCAAAUAAACCUGUCUUCGAAAAAUCCCUAAAAUUAUAUAAUUU